AUGGCAACCACCACCAUCAAAAUUGGCUACGUACCCGAGCAUUUCUCAACCCCUUUGUACAUUGCUCGCGACCAAGGUUUCUUUGAGGAGAACAGUGUGUCAGUGCAACUUGUUUGCUGCCCUGGUGGCACUGGUGAAAUGACACAAAAGCUUCAAAAUCGGGAGAUUGAUCUUGCGAUUGCAUUGACGGAGGGACUUGUUGCUGGUAUUAGCAAGGGCCAAGAUUGGUACAAGAUCGUGGGCACUUACGUCGAUGCACCUCUCUGCUGGGCUAUCUCUACUGGUUCUCAAUCCAAGCAUGGCUCCAUUGAUACAUUGAACCAUAGCAAAGUGGCCAUUUCGCGAUAUGGCUCUGGAUCACACAUUAUGGCCUACGUGUUGGCUGAUCAACAAGGAUGGCUUGAAGGCAACAACAACAAUGAAUCGGACGUGUUUGGUUUCAACGUGCUCAACAACUUCCAAGCUAUGCGAGACUCUGUCAAUGAUAAUUCAUCCGAUUUCUUCAUGUGGGAAACCUUUACUACCAAGCCAUACCAUGACUCGGGUGAAGUGCGACGUAUCGGUCAAAUCACGCCCCCAUGGCCUGCUUUCCUCUUUGCUGCUCACGUGGAUCUUUUACAAAACCAUGCUGCUGAUUUGCAACGUACGCUCAAAGCUAUCCAAAAAGCUACCGACCUCUUUGUGGCUCAAAAGGAAGACACAUCGGUGCAACUGGUCAUGAACAUUCUCAAUUACAAGGAAGAAGAUGUUCGCAACUGGUUCAAGACCGUGUCCUACGCCAAAGAUCAUUCGCAUGUAUCAAGCCGUGCUCUCCAAGUCACUGUGUCCACUCUCAUCAAGGCUGGUGUCGUUAAUGCACCUGGCCCAUCUCCUGAAACUCUUUGUGAUCUCCAAGUCGCCGUCCUCGAAUAA